UCGACAUCGGUUCGACAAAUAGCCCACAUCCCUCCAUUUCAUCAGUCCAGAGUCAGAAAGAUUUUCCACCGUCACCCCAUACAAGCACAAGCGUCCGCAGAAGUCAGGCUUCCCAUGCCCUUUUCCACCAAAACCCACGGGACCCAUUCGUUCGCUCUAUUCGUGAAUCCCCUGUCCAUCUUUUUUUUUCUUUCCUCUCAAUUUCAAAAUUUCAACGAAUCCCGGUCCCACUUCCAAGUUGCCCCUUUCGACCCACCCACAGUGUACUAAUACUGGAAGUAUACGUGCAGUGCCUAUCCAAGUACUGAAUUGGCCCCCUUACUACUUCUCUUGCAUGCAACGGCACACUAGCGGUAAAUAAAUACGUAAUUCUCGGUGUACAUUGUACAGCUCCUAUGGAAAGAGGAAGAAUGGGGGCUAUUACAUAUCUGUCCGCCUACCACUGGACUAGCCGAACUGUCCAGCAUGACCUUCAACCAAGCAGAGUCAAUAAAACAAAAUACAGAGAGCCAUAUUACUCGUGUGAAUCAGCGGCACAACAUAGCACAUAGCCGCGCGCCUUUCGCGUACUCCCUCCUCCUUCCUUCCAUCCAACGACAAAAUUCAAUUACUAUAACGAUCAGCGCACUGAAUAUUGACUCCACAUGA